UAGCGUCGGGACUCGAAAAUACGUAAUUUGAAAAACAUUUUAUACGACUGCGGCAGUCGUAUGUCCGAGUGGUCGUAAGUCGAGGAGUACCUGUAGUGAGGAUAGAUGACAAGCUCAUGCGGAAAAAUUUUGUAAAAAUUAUGUUAAGAUAAACGGUUUCCUCUGUGACCUUUCAUAAUAUUCAUGAGGUAAGAAAGCAUUUACAUUUUAUGGUGAAAUUUAAAACAGUACGGAAGUACAGUAGUUAAGAUGUAUAACUUGUCUUGACUGUUACCUUUAUUUUUUACCAACAAGCUUUGCAAUUUUGUAUUUUUUUUAGGUAGUGAAUAUUUGUCCAAUAUAGCACUCAGACAAAUAUAUAACUCGGGUGAUAUUCAUCAGGCACUCUCCCAUGAGUCCUGGACACUAGUUAUUUACUACACCUGGGAGCAGGUACACAAGGAAAUAUGUAGCUCAAUUACUGUAAUAUGAAACAGGUGUGUGAAUAGUUUGAUUAGGUUAGGAUUCAUGAGCAAUUGCUGGAUUAUUCAUACAUCUAUUUCUUAACAAGUUAAAUUUUACAGCUUAGAAGACUCAGUGUUGUGUUGUACAACACAUUACCCCAAACUUAAAUUGAAUGAAUACCUGGGAGGAUACGGCAUAAAUCAUUCGUGAUUGUAUACAAUGCAACAAAUAAAUUGAACCUUCGACAUUCUUUCUUAAUGAAAAAAGUAAAAGUUAAGGUCACCACUUUGUUCCAUAUUUAUUUUUAACAUCAUAUUUAUGGAUACAUUUAUUUUUAUUAAUAAAAUAAAAAUAUCACUGGAGAGAAAGUAGAAAUGAAAGUGAAUUUACAUCAUGGUGUUGAAAGGCUAAUGGAGAUAUUACAUUACAGUACAGAUAGCAAGUGGAUGACAGCUAAUAAGAGUACUGUACAGUACUGUAAUGUGCAAUGUGCUUGGGUCCUGCCAUCACCCUACAACAUCAUUAGCAGGCAAAGCCUAUCAAGACUGAAAAAAAAUAUGUAAUACUAAAUACUACUGUAUAUAAUAAUGCGGUUACCAUUGCAUCUAAUUUUCAUAAUUCAAAGAUUCCAGUGAAUUGACUCAAGCAAUGGAAGAAGUUUGGUCUAUCUGGCAUGGCCAACUGUGGGUUGGCACAAGAAAUCUUGGAUCAACUACAAUAUGGUCCUAUCACAACUCUUUUAUCCCUGGAAUUGGUGGGAGUCUAAAGAUGACAAGCAUAGCAGAAUAUGGUCAUCUUUGGACUAAAAUUUUAAAAUGCAAUCCAGUUACUAUGUUUCGAGAAUGUCCUCAAUACAUCCAAGGCAAAACUGUAUCAGUGUUUGGUAUGACCUCUGCCUCGGAUUCACCGGAAUUCGCCCAACUCGCUGAGGAAUUGACAGAAACUGAAAAGCCUCAGAUAUUGACAUGUGAAAUAGUGAACCCAAUGCUACAGAUUCAAGUUGUUAUAGUGCCUCAGUGUACAGAGCUGAAGCAACUGGGGCUCAAUCCUCUUCCUGCCACCAUGAAACCCUUGCUCAACAUCAUAUUCAUAGUCAAUGCCACUCUAAACAAUGCUAUCAAUAUUUACAAAGAUCUUCGUGGUUUGAGGCUGUCAGAGGUUAGUGAUUCCUCUUCUUCGUCUAGUCAGUCUAAACCGAAGAAUGUGGAGGAAAGUUGCAACACAACCCAGGAAAUUAUUGGUCAGCAUCAUAGUAAGGGUAAGAAUUCUUCCAAAGAUAAACAAAAGGAACUCCAGGAAAAUAUAGAUAAUAAUGUGGUAACGGAUAAUCCAAAGACGAUCAAGAACUCAUUGCGAAAGAGAACCCCAAAAAUUGCUGAGAAACAGAAUGGAGACGAAGUCGUCAUCAUGUAUGAAAAGAAGCGCCCAAAGGAUUUUAAAAGAUUGAAAAAAUACAACUUGAAUAAUAUUAGUACAUCUAUACAUUCUUACGAGAAUUCAGAGGUAACCAGUCGGUGCUCCCAAGAGGUAGAUAAAUCCAAGAAGGUUGGAAAGAAUUUGAACAGUUUAGAUUCUGUAAGCAAGGUAACCAAUAUUUCUGGUUAUAAGACUUCAGUUUCUGAGAGAAAGGAUGAGAAUGCUUCUGUAUCAGCCACUGCUACACAUAAGGAACCAUGUAAAGGGAACCACCAUAGUGAAUCCAACGGAACCAGCCUGUUGGAUUCCACGAUGCUUAAUCAAGUGUUUUGCUCAAAAGAGGAAAGUAAACCGGACUUGAUUAAGCCAAGCAUGCUAAAAAGGAUCAUUAAGCAAAAAACUAUAAAGAGAACUCAGACAGACUGUAAUUGCAUUCAAGAAACCAAUAAACCAUCUUUAGCUGUCUGGAAGAAAGAUGAUGGAAAAGAGGCACCAAAAGAUUCCAAGGAACCAAUGGAAUGUGUGUUUGUUGAUGUUUUGAAAAAACGAUCAUAUCCAUCAAGAAAGAAGGAAAAGAAAGUGAAAAAGAAUAUUGAGUUGGAGAAAGCAACGACAGAUAUGAAAAGUUAUAAUAACAAAGUGAUAAAGACUGAUAAUAUUAUCUUACCGAACAAAACUGUUCCUGACAUCGUAGAAUUACCUAAAGAUAGAAGGAUUUAUAAAGGAAAGGGAAAAUCUCGCAAGUCUUCAAAUGUUUUUCCUCUGGGGACAAAUGAAAUAGGAGAGCCAGAGGAUAAGAAACAAACUGUAACACUAGUUGAGUCAGUAAGUUCAGUUCACUUUAAAAAACAAUUGAGCAGUAGCCCAAGUAGGAUAAGCAAAGAUAGUGAUAAAUUAAGUAAAAAGAAGAAGAUAAAGAAGAAAAGCUGUAAUAAAGUUCAGCAUUCGAUAAGAACUGCUUGUUUGAAGAGAAAUAUAGACUACCGAGAGGGAAUAAUGGAAAGCAUGUACCUUCCCAGAAAGAAAGCUCGCGGAAUUGAUGUAAAAGAUGCCAUUAGAGAUUCAGAAAAGCUAAGUAUUUCUUGGACACAAGCUGUACAAAAACAUACAGCUGCUAACUUACAUCAUCUAGACACCAAACUGAAUCUGAAGAAUAAAACAGAAGAAGAUAGAAAGCUAACAAAUGGCAGAGGAAGCUCCAAUAAGAAAAGAGACUGCAAGUGGAACUUCAGAAAGAAAAAAAAGUCAGUUGUCAAGGACAUCGCGAAAGAUUUAAACAAGAAUAUUUCCAAAUUAUAUGAUGGACAAAACCAUGCAAGUGAUAAAGGUAAGCAUUUAGAUGUGCAUGUUGACCAUAAUGGCAAAACAGAAGUACCUGUAAUACAAAAGAAAGCUUGCAUGGUGAAACCAAGAAGAAAAGCUCUGACAAAUGAUGAUGAUAUGAAAGAUUCAAACAAAAUUCAUAUAUCCGAGAUUCAAGACGUCCAAAAAGAUAAUUAUUCUGAUGUUAAUUGUACUGAAGUUUCAAGUCCUCCAAUUGUGGAUACCUUGGAACUCUCCUGUUACCCUAAAAUUGUGAAGAGAGAUAAGGCUGCAAAAUCUGGAAAAGAUAAAGUUACCGAAUGUCACAAAAACUGUAGAGAAAACGACUCGCAACAUAGUGCUGAUCAGUUAGAAUGCAUCAUUAUUGACCAAGAUAUGGAUUGUUCCACAAAUAGUAUUAAAGUGUCUCGUGUCUCACAAGAGUGUGUUUUUGAUUGUAAGUUAGAGAAAAACAAAGAUAAUUUAACAAGUGAAAGAAGAAUUAAAGUGAAGAACUUUGCUUUUUUUGAAGAGAAUUGUGUGCCUGAAAUUAAUAAAACCCAGGAAGAUCUGAUAGAACAUGAUUCUCAAAAUUACCCAAUUGAUCUUUCUAGCAUCGGAGAUCAUGACUCGCAGCUUUUUAGCCAAGAAUAUUAUGAAAACAAUCGGUUGAUAAAUACACCACAACAGGGAACUGAUUACGAAACGGAAGAACUGGGAAUUGAAAUGCUUAAACAUAAUGUACCAACCUCAAAAGCAGAAAAUCAAUACUUACUUGAUUUGGUUCUUGAAACAGAGGCAGUUGAUGAUACAGAUGUUCAAACAACAGGAAAAUUUGCUGUAGUAGAUUCUUUAGAUGACAAUAAGACCAUACCACCUCAUUCCAUUAAUCAGCAGUCAUCUGUGCUUCUUUCACCAUCUUAUCCUGUACAAAUAUCGCAAGGUAACUCAUCCCUUAGACCAUUUGGAGCAUGUCAUAUCUCAAACUAUCCUCAAAAUUUAGAGUCCUCUGUGUUUUCCCAUAAUUGCUCGGUAUUUCCAUUAGAUGUACCUGCUUAUAAACUAAAUUAUCAAGCCAAUAAUAACUCUAAGACUUCUUCUGCCUUGGGUAAAGUCACAUUGUGUGAAUGCAGCUCAAAACUUUGUGGUAAGCAUAAAUUUGAAAAUGAAGAUUUGGAAGUCAUUGAUACAGUGCAUUCAGAUAGUUCAGGUAUUCCUGUGCUACUUGCUUAUGUAAAUGAAGACCUGUCUCAAAAGUCAUGCAAAAGUGUACAACUUUUUUCCUAUUCUAGAUUUGGUUCACAAGAUGUAAAUUUCUCACAAGCAAAUAAAUCGACAAAUAAUUUAAACAGCGAUGAAAGUGUUCUUUCUCAAAGUAUACUAAAGCCACAUGUAAACCAAAAGGAUAAUGAUGGGAAAUUAAAAGCUUGUGUCAAACAUCAUGAAUCUAGUGAAGAAUCUCAAAGAAUACAAAGAUGUGAAAUUGAUCAUAUAGAAAGUAUUAAUAUAGCCAAGAACAUGAUCAGCCAGAAAGGCAUCACCUAUAACAGUGUUCAUGAUCAGUUAGGCAGAGAAGGAUUUAUUACCAGACCUCCCACAGAAAAGCAAUUGGAAUCACUUCUCCAAGAGAUGAAAACCAAAAUCCAAACUCACCGUAUAGCUUUAUUUAAUCAUGAGGCACAGUCCUGUGAUAAUAACAUAAAGACUUUAACCAACUUUAUUAAGAAUCCAAUGCCCAUAGUCCCAAGUACCAAGGGGAAUGUACCAGAAAGUUGGCAUGAGAGUUUUUCUUUCUUAAAUCAUCAGUUGAAAUUACUAAUUGUGCAACAGUUGGAAAAAUUACAUGGCCCAUACAAAGUAAAAAAUUUAAAAGGUCUUGCAGAAUUGUUGAGCUAUCAAAAUUUUCAGACCCCUGAACAAAUGAAUCCCCAUUGUAUACAACAAAAUUAUCAGAAAGUUGGAAAUGAGAUUGGUCAAAACCAGUUUGAGUUUUCCACGGAGUACAGAUAUUCUACAGAAGAUACAGUACCAAAAAAUUGUGUUCUAUCUGAUAGAACCUCUUUUAGUGAUCCUCAGGUGCAGUUGAAAAAUCCAUACUCUUGUGAAACUAGUAACAUAUCAAGUAAAGUAGAUUUUUGUCAGGAGAUAACACCACAGACAGCUUUGUUUAUACCAAGUGAACUCCAUCAGCCAAACUGGAAAGAUGGCUGUGCAUUUAAAUCGGAGAGGUUGAAAAUGCAAAAAUACAUUCAUUUGCUUACUGCUGAUCACCAGGAAAUUGUGAAAAUAAAGUGUCUCUUAGUUAGGCGUGAUAUGUCUUAUGCUACUCUUGAGGACGUUCAGAGAAAUGGAGGUGACAUAUAUAUCAAGUCUUCUGCCCUUGAUCAUCUCUUUGCACAUCCACAUCUUAGAACAAUGUGCAGUCGACCUCAAAUCCAAUUUGGUGUAUAUAACUCAUUACUAGCUGUACUGAAUGGAGAUGCAAUACCUAUACUGAAGUCAAAGUGGGUGUUCCUUGUGCACCAUACGACCAUGUUGGAGAAAUCCUUUGGGAGAAUACUAGAGGAAGUGCUGAAAGAUGGAAACAUAAAUAACCAACAUCACCAUCAUGUAUUUGUGCCUCUCCUUACCCUCAAGACCUGCUAUGUCGUGUUGUCAAAUCGUCAGAAAAAUUCUACAAGAGAGCAGCAACUACAUAAGGUUUUAAAGACAAAUAUGUCCUUAGUUGAACAGUGUAUAAAAGCCGGUGUUGCUCAAGUCAUCCCCGGAAAAAGUUACUUAGAUACUUUAAGUCCUGCAUCACCAACUCUGGACUACUUGGCAAGUCUUAAGAUCCUCCAUCGUUGCUUGAAAUAUGGUCAUCGUCAUACUACUGUUCUUGUUGGUGACAGGUUUCCAGUUGGGAAAAGUAAUCAUCAAUCCUUUUACAAUAUAAGCACAGUAAGUGACAUAAUUAAUGCAAAUUUUUUAUCAUGAUUUACAAGAUUUAGAAAAAGAUAUCAAUAUUGUUCAUGGCAGAUAGAUAACCCAAACUUCAGUAAUAGGAGAAAAAAGAUUGCGUUAGAUCACAGUAAAAUAUACUACUGUACAGUAUUGUACAGUAUAAGCUUUAAGAAUAUAGAGAGUAUUUGUGUGUAGAACUCUCAGUAUAGUUAUGUAAAAGCUUUAAACAAAUAAUUAUCCUUUUCUUUCAAAUUUUUAUGUUUUAGUGUAAUCGAUUUUAGUUUUUAACUCAUUUGUGUACAUUUGUAUUUUAUGCUGAUAAUAAGAAUGCUAGAGAAGUAAAGUAUUCAUACUACAGUAAUAAUGUUGAUUUAAAAACAAACUAUAGUACAAGAAAUUUGAUACUUCUACUUACACAUUUUUAUAUCAACCAGUUAAGUCUUAGCCAGUUACCUAUACAUACUGUACAUACUUUAUCACUUUUAUGAUUGGAAAAAAGUGAUGGAAGAGAUUUCAUUGAUAUACUGGUUGUUAUUUUUAUAUUAACCAUGUAGUUGUUUAGUUUUUAAGUUAGUUUUGCUGCAUUACUUUGUACAUUAUAACCUCUUGCAAAAAAAGCAGUUUUUUUCUAAAAACCAGUUUGUGUGAUAUAGCUCGAAUGCGACGUCAGCAAAUGCUAUCGAGGUAUUUUAAUUCCUAGCCAAUUCACCAUGCCAACAUACAGGCAAUUAAAACAUCUAAUAAUUACUUUAGAAAAUACGAACUUGUAAACAUUUUUUAUCCUUUAAUGUGAAUUUUAAUUCUACUAAUAUUAGGUUUGCAAGAUGUGAAGAUGGAUAUAUGGACUGCAGCUAGCAUGGCCUUAAACUUAUGUUGACUAAUUGGCAUUUAAAGGACUUUUCUUAUAUUACCCAGUUCGUAUUAUCUUAACAAGAAGAAAUAUUUGCUUUUCAGUAUGCCUUGAAAACAUACCCAGAUUUUUUUUCUCCAUCUUUUCUUCUUUUAAAACAAUUAUCCAUUUACCUGUCCUCCAUAUAUAUUAGUGUGUGUUAGGCUUCAAGCUGUUUGUGAAGGACAGGUAAUUAUCAUUGUUUUAUAACUCUUUGAUACCAAUGGUGUCAAAAAGAUGAUACUCUAAAAUGAGAGAACCACCAGUAUUGUUGGUUCCAUUUUUUUCUCGCUGUCACAAUCAACCAAGUCUAAUUAUAGUGCCUUCACUUGAAAUAUCAACAUAUCAAAGAAAUGUCAAAUGGAGUAGCUCCCGAGUUCAAUAAAAGUAAAAAAUACUUGGCAUUCCUAGACAUACCGGUACUUAAAUUUUCUUCUUUUUAAGUACAAUAAAUUCUGCACAAACUACAGUAUCCCAUGGUGGUGAUUGGCAGGGACUUAGAGGAAUAAUAUUUAAUCCCUGUCAUUAACUAGUGAUUACAGUAUCAAUUAAAAAAUAAGUUUUAAUGUUAGUGUUAGGAUUGUGUCAAUUUUGUUGUGUUGGUUCUCUCCACUUAAUCCCAUAGUUUUACUUUCCUUUUAGUUGUUCUAUAGCAAGUUUAUAAUAGACAUUAUUGUAUUGUAAUACUGUAUUGAGGCCAUUGAAAAUCAAACUUUAAAAAUAGUUCUCCGGUUUCACUUCUAUAAAGUUCAUCUUUCUCAAUUUCUUAUCUCUUUCCCUCAUUAUGUCUUUUCUCCUCCUUCAGUCUUUCCCAUUCACCCAUUUUGUUGAAUAUUUAUAUUUAAUCCCAUUAUGUAUGUUUUGAUCAUCAAGUUUGAUCACAUAGGAGGAUGCUCCUUGAGAUGUUCCUUUACAUUUCAUUGAAUGGAUGAGUUUACAGUAUUUGACCAUAAUAUUUACCCCUUUCAACAAGUGCUCCCCCUAUUUGUAAGAAGAAAUGAUAUCUGACUUGCCUCCUUUCCUUGUAUUGCUGCUUAAUGAAAUGAAGCUCUGGAGUUCUUGCUUCCUUUUACAAAAUAAUUUCUCAGCUUCUUCAAUACAGCUGAAUAACUAGUUGGCUGCCAGUUCAGUGAAAGGGAGCGGUGUUUAUUGUUAUUUCUCCCCUUGUCAGCUUACUGUUUUAUAAAAUGGAGCAGCAUACUGAAUAUUUUCUCCCUUUAAUUGAAUAGCCAGUCAGUUCACUGUUUAAUGAAAGAAAGUUGUUUAAUUUCUUCCUUUUAUUAAGUGGCCAAUGCAUUGCCUGUUUAACAAAAGGAAGUUGUGUUUAAUUUUCUUCAUUUUACUAAGUGGCCAAAGAGUUGCUUGUUUAAUAGAAGGAAGCUGUGUUUAAUUUCCUUCCUUUUAUUAAGUGACCAAUGAGUUGCCUGUUUAAUAAAAGGAAGCUGUGUUUAAUUUCCUUCCUUUUAUUAAGUGGCCAGUCUGGUACCUAGGGUAUAUGUAACAAACGGAAGCUGUGUUUAAUUUCCUUCCUUUUAUUAAGUGGCCGAUGAGUAGCCUGUUUAACAAAAGGAAGCUGUGUUUAAUUUCCUUCCUUUUAUUAAAUGACCAAUGAGUUGCCUGUUUAACAAAAGGAAGCUGUGUUUAAUUUCCUUCCUUUUAUUAAGUGGCCAAUGAGUUGCCUGUUUAACAAAAGGAAGCUGUGUUUAAUUUUCUUCAUUUUAUUAAGUGACCAAUGAGUUGCCUGUUUAAUAAAAGGAAGCUGUGUUUAAUUUCCUUCCUUUUAUUAAAUGACCAAUGAGUUGCCUGUUUAAUUUCCUUCCUUUUAUUAAAUGACCAAUGAGUUGCCUGUUUAAUAAAAGGAAGCUGUGUUUAAUUUCCUUCCUUUUAUUAAAUGACCAAUGAGUUGCCUGUUUAAUAAAAGGAAGCUGUGUUUAAUUUCCUUCCUUUUAUUAAAUGACCAAUGAGUUGCCUGUUUAAUAAAAGGAAGCUGUGUUUAAUUUCCUUCCUUUUAUUAAAUGACCAAUGAGUUGCCUGUUUAAUAAAAGGAAGCUGUGUUUAAUUUCCUUCCUUUUAUUAAGUGAGCAAUGAGUUGCCUGUUUAAUAAAAGGAAGUCAUGUCUAUUAUUAUGUAAAGUAUUUACAGUAAAUUUGUUUGUUCACAAACAGUAUCUGUGUGUGCUGUUUUCUGGAAUCUGUGCACAGAUGGGAAUAAUCCUAAGUUUUACAUUUACCAUUGUUAAUACAAUCACAAAUGUCUUUUUUUUCAUCAUUGCAAAAUAUAUACUGUACCUGCACUGCUUUUAUACAUUAUAGUAUGUAUAUGAUAGCAGUCAAUGAAUUACUGCUUGCCCAUUAAAGAAAAAUUUUUAAUGGUGUUUAAGGGGAUUGUCAUGCAGGAACCCUGUUUUUUUUGUUUGUUUUUUAUAAUCAAAAUACAGUACAGCAAAUUUUUUUAAUGAAAAUUAUGUGUGCUUUUAAUGGUAUAAAAGGCAUGGACUGAUGAUAUUUCCAUACUAGAACCCAAACCAUUAUAUCCAUUCAAAGAAAAGAAAAAGAAAAAUUCUCUUUCUAGGAUGGAAUAUUCUCCUAUCAUUGGUGAAUCUAAUACUGUUUGAAAAUUGUCUAAAAACUUUUGGAGAUAUACAAUACUGUACUUCCAAUUUUAUGUGCAAAAUGUUUGAGUUAUGCAGCUUUACACAGGUUGAGGGCUUGCACAGUGAAGGUCUGAACUCCUCUUGUUUUACAGACCAGCAGCAUCAUUCCACCUGAGGAAACAAUUGCCAGACGAGGCUUUCUUAGUUUCAAUAAAAAAUACAAUGUAUGGUACUGUAUAACAAGGGGUAGGGGGGUUCUUUAUAAUUUGUUUUAGGGUCAAAAAUAUUAUUGUAUAUCGUUCAUACUAGGCAGGAAUAUAGCCAUAGGCUGCCAGAGUUCUGAGGAUUUUUAUUUUUUUUUUGAAAAUCUGAUUUUGUCAUUUUUCAAUCGUUCGCAGCGGCACGAUCCCCUUAAAGCUGCAUUUCUUCAAUAUUUACUACUGUCGGUAAAUUUAUUAUUGCUCGACAAUUGAGAGAAGUUACCCUGUAUUCAUUUGUGUACAUUUCAGUAAUAUGGUUAACUUUUUUUUUAUUGCAGUGUAUUGUUUAUUGUAAUUACUUUUAGGAGUACCGCACAGUCAAACCAUAACCACUUGGUAUUUUGCCUCCCCUUUCCUUUUAUCUUGUAAUAUAUCUUUUUUAUGUUCUUACUAUGUCAUCUUUCGGUAAUACCCAGGCUUCUUUUGUGAAUACAAGCAUGCAAGCAAGUUGCAACAACUUAACUUAUCUGAUUGUCAGAUCAGCAAGAAAUUUGUGUAUAUCUAUUUGCAAAGUUUCCUUUUGAAUCUUCUGCACUUAUAGAAUAGCUGCCAGCUCUUGCCUCCUUGAGAUUAAUUUAUAAGAAGGUGGUUUUUAUUAAAAUUAAAAUAGACAUUGAAACACAGAUAUUAGAGAGUAAACUGGAAACAUUUAGAGCAGUGGUUCCCAACCUUUUUUGGCUGUGACCCUAAAUUCCCAACAAUACAGUGUCGUGAACCUCAGGCAUAUAAUAUAUUAUAUAGCUUGAAUGUUAAGCAAAAAUUUGUUUAUUACUUUAUGAUAAGUACUAUAUUUUUUAAAUUGUCUGGGGGCCCCACGCGACCCUGACUUGGGUCGCCACCUGAAGUUGGGAACCGCUGAUUUAGAGGAAUAGGAUUUGGUCAUCUUAAGAAAAACAUUUUGAAGGAUUGUUGAAUGUCAAAAAACAAUUGGGGAUGUAAAAUGUUUUACAAAAGAACCAUCACUUUUGCUUUCUUGACAGUGAUGAUGCUGUUAUAAGUGGUUAUCUUUUGUUAUUUCUUUGAGCUUCAUUAUUUUGUUCCAUAAAACUGCAAUCAUGAAGAUAUAUGUGGGUCUACUUUAUGAUAAUUCUGUCCUUUUUGUUGCAAGUCCUGGAGUCAUAUCAAUCGUGAUUUUGUAUAAUAAGUAUCAAUAUUGUUGUCUUUUUUAUUAAACAAAAUAUGUGCA